AAGCGGCUGCGGCUCGAGGCGCGGAUCCUGCAGUUCUGUGCGCCGCGCACGGCUCGGGAUAGGCGCCCGCGGUCCUGGGCGGCGCGCACCGCCUCGCCGGCGCUCUGAGCGCUGCCUUUUCCCCCGGGACUCCUUGAACCCCGCCAGCGCUGAGAUUUUCUAAUACAAUGGCAACCCCACGUGGACGAACAAAGAAAAAAGCACCUUUUGAUCAUUCUCCAGACAGCCUUCCUUUGAGGAGCUCCGGUAGGCAGGCAAAGAAGAAAGCAACGGAGGUAGUGGAUGAGGAUGAGGAUGGUGGGUCAGAGAAGAAGUACAGGAAAUGUGAAAAGGCAGGCUGUACAGCAACGUGUCCUGUGUGCUUUGCAAGUGCUUCUGAAAGAUGUGCCAAAAAUGGCUACACAUCCCGAUGGUAUCACCUUUCCUGUGGUGAACAUUUCUGUAACGAAUGCUUUGACCAUUACUACAGAAGCCAUAAGGAUGGAUAUGACAAAUAUACUACAUGGAAAAAAAUAUGGACUAGCAAUGGCAAAACUGAACCUAGUCCCAAAGCUUUCAUGGCAGACCAGCAACUCCCCUAUUGGGUGCAGUGUAUAAAACCAGAAUGUAGAAAAUGGAGGCAGCUUACCAAGGAAAUCCAGCUUACUCCACAGAUAGCAAAGACAUACCGAUGCGGUAUGAAACCAAAUACUGCUGUUAAGCCUGAGACCUCAGAUCAUUGUUCCCUCCCAGAGGAUCUACGAGUGUCAGAAGUUUCCAACCACUGGUGGUACUCCAUGCUCAUCCUACCUCCUUUGCUGAAAGACAGUGUGGCAGCGCCUCUGCUCUCUGCUUACUACCCUGACUGCGUUGGCAUGAGCCCCUCCUGCACCAGCACAAAUCGUGCUGCUGCCACCACCAGCAAUGCCAGCCCUGGGAAGCUGGAGCACUCCAAGGCAGCCCCCUCUGUGCUGGUUCCAGGAAUGAACCGGUACUUCCAGCCCUUUUACCAACCUAAUGAGUGUGGCAAAGCCCUCUGCGUGAGGCCAGAUGUGAUGGAACUGGACGAGCUCUACGAAUUUCCAGAGUAUUCACGAGACCCCACCAUGUACCUGGCUUUGAGAAACCUCAUCCUUGCACUGUGGUAUACUAACUGCAAAGAAGCUCUUACUCCUCAGAAAUGUAUUCCUCACAUCAUUGUCCGGGGUCUCGUGCGUAUUCGAUGUGUUCAGGAGGUAGAAAGGAUACUUUAUUUUAUGACAAGAAAAGGUCUCAUCAACACUGGAGUUCUCAGCGUGGGAGCCGACCACUAUCUUCUCCCUAAAGACUACCACAAUAAAUCAGUCAUCAUUGUUGGGGCUGGUCCAGCAGGAUUAGCAGCUGCUAGGCAACUGCAUAACUUUGGAAUUAAGGUGACUGUCCUGGAAGCCAAAGACAGAAUUGGAGGCCGAGUAUGGGAUGAUAAAUCUUUUAAAGGUGUCACAGUGGGAAGGGGACCCCAGAUUGUCAAUGGCUGUAUUAACAAUCCGGUAGCACUAAUGUGUGAGCAACUUGGCAUCAGCAUGCAUAAAUUUGGAGAAAGAUGUGACUUAAUUCAGGAAGGUGGAAGAAUAACUGACCCCACUAUUGACAAGCGCAUGGAUUUUCAUUUUAAUGCUCUCUUGGAUGUUGUCUCUGAGUGGAGGAAGGAUAAGACUCAGCUCCAAGAUGUUCCUUUAGGAGAGAAGAUAGAAGAGAUCUACAAAGCCUUCAUCAAGGAGUCUGGCAUCCAGUUCAGCGAGCUUGAGGGGCAGGUGCUCCAGUUCCAUCUCAGCAACCUGGAGUACGCCUUUGGCAGCAACCUCCACCAGGUGUCUGCUCGUUCCUGGGACCACAAUGAAUUCUUUGCUCAGUUUGCUGGCGACCACACUCUCCUAACUCCUGGGUACUCUGCAAUAAUUGAAAAAUUGGCUGAAGGGCUAGACAUUCGACUCAAAUCUCCAGUACAGAGUAUUGAUUAUUCUGGAGAUGAAGUACAGGUUACCAUUAUGGAUGGCACUGGGUUUUCUGCACAAAAGGUAUUGGUCACUAUACCACUGGCCUUACUACAGAAAGGUGCCAUUCAGUUUAAUCCACCAUUGUCGGAGAAGAAGAUGAAAGCUAUCAACAGUUUAGGCGCAGGCAUUAUUGAAAAGAUUGCCUUGCAAUUUCCUUACAGAUUUUGGGACAGUAAAGUGCAAGGGGCUGACUUUUUUGGUCACGUUCCUCCUAGUGCCAGCAAACGAGGGCUUUUUGCUGUGUUCUAUGACAUGGAUCCCCAGAAGAAGCACAGUGUGCUAAUGUCGGUGAUUGCUGGGGAGGCUGUGGCAUCCAUCAGGACCCUGGAUGACAAACAGGUGCUACAGCAGUGCAUGACUACACUCCGGGAGCUGUUCAAGGAGCAGGAGGUCCCAGAUCCCACAAAGUACUUUGUGACUCGGUGGAGCACAGACCCUUGGAUCCAGAUGGCAUACAGUUUUGUGAAGACAGGUGGGAGUGGUGAGGCCUAUGAUAUUAUUGCUGAAGAAAUACAAGGAACUGUCUUUUUUGCUGGUGAGGCAACAAACAGGCAUUUUCCACAAACUGUGACAGGGGCAUAUUUGAGUGGUGUUCGAGAAGCAAGCAAGAUUGCAGCAUUUUAAAUAGAAUUUGUUUGGACCCAGAUAUCUUUGUACCCCAAGUGGGAAAGUUUGAAACACAUUUUGAACCUCAGUUACAAGGGUGGCGGGGGGACCUCUGCAUAGCAAAAUUGAAGUGUUUUUUAAGGUGAUCUAAUGUAACCCCACUUCACCACUCUGAAAGCACUGACACCAAAAAUCCUUACGGGCACUUAAAUAUUUAAUUGCAUUGCUCAUAAGUCCAACUAGUGCUAAAAAGUCUAGAUUUCAGAAUAAGGCAGGAUAUAAACUUAAAUUGAGACCUUGGAAAUGAUUUUUCCAUGGUUAGGGGUUCCCUUCAGAUUUGACAUUUUGUUUGGCUGAUAAAUUUUUAUACAUUGAGAAACCAAGUCAAUCAAGCAGGAACCAUUAAAAAAACUAUAUAAAGCCAUGUUUUUCUUCUGUGACAAUUUGUCAGUAUCUUUACCAAUGAGCCUUAAUAUUUUUAUAUAGCUCCAACAUUGAGCUUUUACUUAAAAAUUUAGAUAGAACUUUCUUUUUUUAAAUAGCACUCUCCAGUUGACAGUAAUAUGAAGCUUCUAAACAUUUUAUAUUGUACAUACUUCCCACUGGGUGAUCUAAAUUUAAAUUCAGGUAUCUUUUGUGAUAAAAUAUUUUAGAGUUGUGCAGUUAUUGGCAAAACAAAAUUUCAGUACCUAAACAGUAUAGGCAUUCUGUCAUUAACAGUGAGGCCCACCUAGUGUGGUCUUCAUACUGGAGAUGUAGAUUAUAUACCUUUUCCUUAAAGCCAAAUUUGGGUGGGUGGCAUGCUUUAAAUCUCUCUAGUUUUGGUGACUACUAGCAAAAAGAUCUUGUCAGAAUAAUUUAAUAAACCUCCCCCUCCACUUCUAUUUAAAAAUAACUGAUUUAACCUCUAGGAAUAUUUUUUCACAACGUUUACAGUAUUCCAUAGGCAGGUCCACUGGAAAACUGCAGAAAAAUGUGAGCUAUCCUGGUGAAUAUUACACGUUUUAUAAGCCAUAUCCUGAAAGCCUAAGAACAUGGCAUUUACUUUUCCACUUAAGAUAGAAAAUGGUUUAGUAUGUCACUUUAAUCAUUCGUUUCAGGGUCUUCAUGAUACCUAUUUUGCCAAGAAACUUCAGUUUGCAGGUUAGAAAGAUGCUUUUGUUUAGUCUUAGAACAGUUCUUUCAGUUAUAUUGAUUUGUUUAAAAAAGGGACUAAAUGAUUUUAAAGCCACUUUUCAAAGUAUUAAGGAUUUUUAAAAAUUAAAGCCAGCUUAGCAAUACCUUACAGAAAGUAUGUGCAGUGAACCUUAGUGUUUAGAUACCCCACAUCCACAAAAUGUUACAUACAAAAGAAAGCCAACAACUGUACAUUUCAAAGUUAAUACAGGAAAAUGCUGAUAUUCAUGUCAUUUGUUGAGACUCAUUGGUACUGACUGGAAAGUAUUCUGUUUUAAAGUAUUAUGUAUUAAUGUUUAAUAGCAUGUGUUAAGUGAUUUUGCAAAAUGUUAAAUUUGAAAUGGUUCACAGUAAAUUAUUACUUUAGUUUCUGGGCACUUGGACUUGUACUGUGCUACAAGCAGGAAACACUUACAGCAUGGUAAACGUGUAUUUUUAAAAGAAAUUUCCUGUCUUGGGCUAUACUUUAACAUUUUUGUUAAGGAACUAUGGUACUUCCUUGAGUUACUUUGAAUGUUUCUCAAUGUUGUCUGAAGAUUUUGUAAUUGAGUAGCAGUAAAUGCAGACUUACAAUGUUUUAACUACAGAUGAUGAAUAAAUAGCCAGUUAUGUAAAUCUGCUUAAUAAAAACUAGGGUUGUCUUUCAAA